CCGCAUUCCUCGACGGCGCCCGCCGUAACCCGCCACGCCAUGGUCGCAGCAGUGAGCGCCCGCCGACACAUUGUGACCAAGAAACAAAUAAUAGCUUGUAUCGCUUGUGACAAUAUUAACCUUUAGUGCGCGCGAGUAUUGCGACGGCGGCAGAAUAAUAAUUACAAUUAUACAGUAUAUACACGAUGAUGAUCACUUUCACACGCGCAUGUACAGUAUUCAGUUCAGUCAGUACACUCAUCGACUUUAAACGUUGAAUACUUUGCUCCUGUGCACGGUUCGCCACAAAAUCAACGAUUUCACAGACGUUCAGACAAUGAUGGUGGAUGGUUAGGACCGUCUUCUUACAAAAAGUGCGAUUUCGUUAGUCGCGGUGUUUUGUAAGUGUGUUGUUAUAAUAUUGCUGUUUCGUGAUGUAUUAAAAUAAUAAAGCAGUUGACAGAGAUGGCUUUUGCAUUCAGUUUACUGUUUCAUGGCCGACUGCUUGUACGACACCGAUGACUAUACGCUACUGCCCCAGUACUUCAGCUGCUGAAUGUUGCUAACGAAGACACUGAAAGCCACAAUGACUAUUACAACCAGUAUCACAAUACAACUUAGGUCAUUUCUACUGCAGUAAAGGCUGUUUACUGAAACGUUGGACAAGAUCAACACAAAAAUGACUGCUGUAGUAAAAUUUAUCCGCACAGAAAUGUUGGCAACGACUGUUAUGUUAUUGCUGAUGUUGCUAGUCGCCACUGCAGCGGCAGCCGUAUUAUCAAAUGUACCGGUGGCCACCGCGGAAAAAGAUCCGACUGGGCAACAGAAAAAACCCGGAGGGAAUGGCAUAUCGUCUUUGGAUCUGUACCACUCGAUGGAGAUGGGUGAACAAGAAAGGCUUGAAAACCUUGGUGGCGACGACGAUGAGGAUGAUAGCGAAAAAGAUAGCGGUGCCUCGCUGCUAUCAAUGACAGGCGGUGGUGAUGACGAAAAUGACACCGACUCGGAGCAUAUGACCGGAUUGCUGACUUGCAUGUCAUGUUCGGGCGUGUUGCCUGCGUGGCGAGACGAGCAAAACGCUCACAUAGAUGAACAGUCUUAUUGUUUGUCCGAUCGGGGCCAGCCAUUAACGCAAGACGGCAGUUACCGGGAUGAAGAAUUAAACGUGUGUUCCGGGGCCGUGCGUUGCUGGAAAGCAAAAGUGCGUGAAGAACACGGUCUUGUGCGCAUCAGUCGUGGCUGUAUGGCCGGUGGACAUAGUGGUGGAAACAGACAUUCAACCCUAUACAACUUGGAACAUCAAUCACUGCAUCCUUGUAUGGGUGCUAUUAGCAAUAAUUCGGCGACAAAAAACAAUGAUACCUCAAAACAACAAUCUCAGUCCAUGGUUUGGACAUCGUCGCAUACUUAUUCAUCAGCGUCCGCCGGCAAGCAACAGCCUCCUAGCUAUGCGAUCGAAUGUUGCACUGGUCGUGAUCGCUGCAAUGACGGCUUGUUCCCAUCGUUGGCCGGUAGUGGCUUAACAUCAGGGAUCGACGAAAAUGAUUCUUUGCUCGCAGCUGUUGCCUGGUGGCGGUUGUCAUCCAUUUCCGUAGCGGUGUUACUACUCGUUGUCGUUAUCGUGGCUACAGUUACUUUGACGGUCUUCGCGUUAUACAGAAACGAUAGAAAGGGUAAAAAGAGAAAACGUCGAAAGAGGAGCAAAAGCAGCAGCAGUAGAAGAAGUAAACGACGAAAGCGGAGUAAUCGCCACUACGAGGAUGGUAACAGUGACGACAGUGAUAAAAAGAGACACCGAAAUUUGUCAUUUUCGUCAAUGUCAUCGUCGUCUUCGUCGCUAUCAUCAGUGGCGUCGUCGUCUUCUUGUUGCGAAGGAAAGAAAAGAAGUAGAAGAAAACAUCAUGUGACCGCUUUAACCAUGGUCGACUUGCUUAAGGGCGUCGUUGUAACCAACGAGGUAACAGCUGACAAUGAAAAUACAUUUGGCAGUAGCAACAACCGACCGUCGUAUACAGCAGACUACUCACCAGCGGCCAUGACUGAAUCUACAGUUGAUGACGAAUUUUUGCCACCACCAUACCAACAACGAAAUGACCAUCAACAAAAAGAUCACCAAGAAGAUGAUUGGACCAGUGGCAGCGGAUACGGCAUGCCCGUACUAGUUCAACGUACUUUGGCCAAGCAGAUACAACUCAGACAACUGGUCGGCAAGGGUCGUUAUGGUGAGGUGUGGCGAGCUACUUACUGGAAUGGCGGUCACGAACACGUAGCUGUCAAAAUAUUCUUAUCGAAGGACGAACCAUCGUGGAAGCGAGAGACAGAAAUCUACAGCACGGUUCUGAUGAGACACGACAAUAUAUUAGGUUUUAUUGGUUCCGACAUCAUGACUUCACGUAACUCGUAUACCACACAGUUACUACUCAUCACUCACUAUCACCGGCAUGGAUCACUGUACGAUUUUCUACAGACACCCGCUGCCGUCGCUGAUGCUACGUACAAUGGUUAUGACAUGGGCACUAUCGAUGCUGCGGGUGGUCGACUACAGCAAACCGAGUGCGAUAGACCACCACUCACGGUGGGCCAAAUGUUAAACGUGCUAUACACUGUAGUUAGCGGGCUAUGUCACCUGCACACUGAAAUUCACGGCACGCAGGGUAAACCGGGAAUCGCACACAGGGACAUUAAAAGUAAAAACGUACUAGUAAAAUGCGCACGGACAGGUGCGUGUUGUGUAGCCGAUUUUGGAAUGGCCGUUACUAGCCGUGACGCGACACUCCCAAUUCAAACAACUACAGCCGCGGGUGCCAACCAAAAUACACGAGUUGGUACAAAGCGGUACAUGGCGCCAGAAGUUUUGGACGACAGCAUAUCCUCUGCGGCCUCUUUAGCAUUAGCUUCUGCGUCCACUUCGGCGACGGCGAAGUCAUCAGUUGCCUCCUCUUCUUCCACGGCUGCAUCUGUCGCCGCCGCCGCUUCUUCUUCAUCAGCGUAUUGGUGUUUCGACGCAUAUCGCCGCGGUGACGUAUACUCGUACGCACUCGUCAUGUGGGAAGUCCUGUCCAGGACGCUUUUCAUACCCGAUGAUGCUGGACACCUCCCACCACAACCAAAUGACAAUCAACAACAACCUUUCAAUGACAACAGAUAUAACCCAUAUGUGUACCGCGCACCAUACCAAGACCGUGGUGUUGGAUGGGAUCCCGGAUUCGAUGACAUGCGUCGUGUUGUAUGCUCUACCGAUCCUAUACAGAGCCGUCCUGGCGUGGCGCCUGAGUGGUUAACAAAUCCGAUAAUGAAUGCUGUAGUGGUAACGAUGCGAGAAUGCUGGCACGGUAACCCUCAUGCCCGUCUUCCCUCUUUACGUGUUAAAAAGACUCUAGCUAAGCUCAUUGAACAAUAUUCCACGGCAGAGACUGAAAAGCAACUCAAACCAGAGCCCGAACAAUAGACAAUAUUGAUGUCUGUGACAACGAAUCAGUUAUGAUGUAAUAUACAUAAAUGUAAAUAAUAAUUACUAUUAACAUACAGAUAUAAAUGACAGUGGCUGCGGUGAAAAAUUACUUUACUCAAAGAAAUAUAUUGUAUUUUCUCUGCUCCCUCCUCCACUUGUUCAUUCUUACUAUGUUGUUAGUCAUGUACUUUUUUUUUUUUAAACAACUACGUACUAUUGUUAUAUUAUGUUCAAUACAAUUUUUUUAACAUUAAUAAUU